CAAGCCGGCUAUAUGCAGACGAUUGACAUUAUUAUGGACAGAGCGGGCUACUAUAUAUGCUGGGGAUGCCUUUGCUGGCUUCCGGCGCCAAUCGUCAGCCAGUAUCUCGUGUCUCAUUCCGUCCGCCUAGGGAUGUCACUAACAUCGAUCAUCCUAGCCGCAGGUCUGGCGUCCAUCCUUGCCAACUACCUCGCUGACUUACAAAGGCAGCAAGUGCGAAGCGCCGACGGCCAGCGCCUCGUCUGGGGAAGAAAGCCAGACAUAAUCCGUGCUAAAUAUAAAAUCGAAGGAGGGAGUGAGAAGGAGAGCAUUCUUCUGGCCUCUGGCUGGUGGGGACUCUCGCGCCACUUUCACUACGUACCGGAAAUCCUACUCUCGUUUUUCUGGACUGUGACCACGGGGUUUGAGAAUCUCUUACCCUACACAUAUGUCCUUGUGCUCGUCAUCCUGCUUGUCCAUAGGAGCUUUCGAGACGAAAACAAGUGCAGCCGGAAGUACGGCCGCUACUGGCGAGACUACUGCCACAGAGUUCCGUAUAGAAUCGUUCCCUACGUAUUUUGA